CUUGUCUCAUGUACACUCUUUGACUGUCCGCUCUCCCGCCGCCCUUCAGUUCCGUCAUGAAGGGAAAUUACGUCGGUGCAGAAGAUGGUGUCUGUAAAUCCUGUGGACCGCUGCGGCUCGGCACCCGUCUAAUUUGGAGCCGUGUGGGGGGUAUCUCCGUCUGGCUGAUGGAUUACAGAGAAAGUGUGGCCAUGCGGCGCUGCCGUCCGCUCUCUUGACCGCGGAAUCGAACCCGUAACUUCAUGUCUGACGGAGCCAGAGCUGCCUGGACGAAGAGGGGUUGUGGGGAUUCGCACCGCCGAGAACCGGGGAAACAUAAACACAGGAAAUGCGAGCGGCCCCUUAGCGCUCAGACGUCACAGCCUGUGAUCGCUGGCCCGGGCUCCAAAAGGUGAUUGACGCUCAGAAAAGGGACUUUGUUAGCAUCAGCUGGACACAAGGGGCACUGUCCUCUGAUUGGCUCGGACAACCCACUCUGACAUGCCCGUGGCCAAUCAGAGGUGUGUUAUGUCGGGGGCGGAUGUGGAGGUGUACCUGUCCCAGGUGCAUGAUGGGAGCGUGUCGUCAGGCUUUCGAGCGCUGUACGAGGAGCGUCUGCUGCUGGAUGUCACCUUGCUGAUAGAGGAGCACCACUUCCAGGCCCACAAGGCACUGCUGGCCACCCAGAGCGACUACUUCCGGGUCAUGUUCACAGCAGACAUGAGGGAGCGGGACCAGGAUAAGAUCCACAUGAAGGGGCUGACGGCCGCCGGGUUCGGACACAUCCUCAGAUUCAUGUACUACGGCUCCCUGGAGCUCAGCAUGCCCACCAUCCAGGAGAUCCUGCAGGCGGCCAUGUACGUCCAGCUGACGGAGGUGGUGGAGUUCUGCUGCUCCUUCCUGCUGGCUAAGAUCUGCCUGGAGAACUGCGCAGAGGUCAUGCGUCUCCUGGAGGACUUCAGCGUGGGCGUGGAGGGUGUCCAGGAGCAGCUGGACAACUUCCUUCUGGAGAACUUUGUCCCCCUGAUGAGCCGACCCGACUUCUUGUCCUACCUCAGCCUCGAGAGACUCCAGGCGCACCUGAACAGCGAUGCUCUGAGUCGGUACCCAGAGAUCGAGCUCUACGAAGCCGUCCAGGCGUGGCUGAGACACGACCGGCGCCGCUGGAGACACACGGACGUCAUCGUCCAGUCUGUCCGCUUCUGCCUCAUGACGCCUGCAGACAUCUUUGAGAAGGUGAAAACGUCGGAGUUCUACCGUUACUCCAGGCAGCUGAGGCAGGACGUGGAUCAGGCGCUCAGCUACUUCCAUGAUGUCAACCAGCAGCCUCUGGUGGAGACCAGAUCCAACCGGAUCCGCUCCGUCCGCCCGCAGACCGCCGUCUUCAGGGGAAUGAUCGGCCAUAGCAUGGUGAACAGCAAGAUCCUGCUGCUGCAGUGUCCAAAGGUGUGGUGGGAGCUGGAAGGCCCCCAGGUGCCGCUCCGGCCGGACUGCCUCGCCAUCGUUAAUAACUUUGCCUUCCUGCUGGGCGGAGAGGAGCUCGGACCCGAUGGAGAGUUCCACGCCUCGUCUAAAGUCUACCGCUACGACCCUCGGCAGAACUCGUGGCUGCGCAUGGCGGACAUGUCUGUGCCCAGGUCAGAGUUCGCCGUGGGCGUCAUCGGGAAGUUUAUUUACGCCGUGGCGGGCCGAACGCGUGACGAGACGUUCUACUCUACGGAGCGGUACGACAUCACGGAGGACCGCUGGGAGUUUGUCGAUCCGUAUCCCGUCAACAAGUACGGCCACGAGGGCACAGUGCUCAACGGGAAGCUGUACAUCACGGGCGGCAUCACCUCCUCCUCCACCUCCAAACAGGUGUGUGUGUUCGACCCAGGGCGGGAGGCGGGCCCUGGCGGGUCGGACUCACACAGGACGCGCGCCGGCCGAGGACCGCUGCUGCCUGGCACGCACGCCAGCUGCUGGGAGAACAAAUCCAAAAUGAACUACGCACGCUGCUUCCACAAGAUGAUCUCCCACAACGGGAAGCUGUACGUGUUCGGAGGCGUGUGUGUCAUCCUGCGGGCGUCGUUCGAGUCACAGGGCUGCCCGUCCACCGAGGUGUACGACCCGGAGACGGACGAGUGGACCAUCCUGGCCUCCAUGCCCAUCGGGCGCAGCGGCCACGGGGUGGCGGUGUUGGACAGGCAGAUCAUGGUGCUGGGAGGCUUGUGCUACAACGGCCACUACAGUGACUCCAUCCUCACCUUUGACCCCGACGAGAACAAGUGGAAGGAGGACGAGUAUCCCAGGAUGCCUUGCAAACUGGACGGUCUGCAGGUGUGCAGCUUGCACUUCCCAGAGUACGUGCUGGAGCACGUGAGACGCUGCAGCUGAGGUCCGCUUCACCGCGCCUCCUUUUCUAGAAACUGGACCGUUACAGGACGGAAGCAUCCCGCUCAGAGGGGGCGGGGCCAGCUGUG